CGAACAUAGAGAUGGACUUCAUGACCAGAUUUAAAGGCAAGGUCUCCACUAUAGGUAAAGAUGGAGAAAUGGGACUCGUUGCAGGUACUUCCCAAACCAAUAUGUAUCCACAAAACUCGAAUGUUACAGUUAUGACUAAUAUUGAUAAUGCAAGGAAUUCUCAGGUGAAUUACAAUAAGAAAAAGCCUCAAGCUCCUCAAACACAAUACGGUCCUUAUACUAAUGGUGCAAUGGGUGGAGAAAUGUUUCCUAUGAACGGAGGAGACUCCAGCAAGUUUGAAAUUAUGAGUGAUGGUGCACACCCCAAAUACAGAGCCCCUGCAACAAUGCAAGAAUUUCAGCAUUCAAAUCACGAAAGUAUUAAUGAUUCACUUAGUGAUAACUAUGGAGCAAGGGGUGCUCCAAGCUAUCAUAAAAUGAAGAAUAAGCUAAACAGUAUACGAAAGCAAAACACUUCGAAUGUUGUCAACAAUGUCCUUGGAAGUAACAAGAUUAAUAAGCCUUCCAAAGCUUCAGCAGGGAGGAACAAAAGUGUUGACGAAGAAAUCGAAACAGGAAAUGAAGCUCUUGAUCAAGAAGAAAAACCUGUCAACAAGACUAAUAGAAAUAUCAGAGAGAGAAGAGAGGAAGUUAAGAAGGAUAAGAUAAAGAGUAAAUCUCAAUACAGGCAUCCCAGACCUCCAUUACCAGUGAACACUAAUCAUAAUAUUUCUAAUGCAAUCCAGAAGAACGGGAAUAGUAAAACUAAGAGAACUGAGGGUAAAUAUAAUACAGAUAUUGAAGAUGUACAAAGGCAAAGCAUGAUUCCUAGACUAUCCAAAGCUUCAGCUGAGAGGGUUCCUCAGCCUAAGAAGUAUAUUCCUGAGUCUGAAUAUGCACCUGAAAGCUCUGCUAAAAAGCCCCAGAUGAGAAGAUCUCACUCUUUUCUGCAAAAUAAGUCGAGAAAAGUGAAUCCAGAGGCCAGCAAGGCUCAUAAUUCUAGGAAAAUAGCUAAUUCUGCUGCUAAAGCAAUGGUUGAUGGGAAAGCUGAAAGCAGGAGGUCAGUCAAUUACAAACCGUACACACUGAGAGAAUAUAAAGAUAUGUUUGAUAAAGCUGAUGAUUUCGUUACUAAGGUUCGAGGAGGACUCGGUGCCAAUAUUGGAAACGAAAAAUGGCAAAAAGAACACGAAAAGCGACAGAGAAUGAAAGAAUUCGCUUCUAAGAUGAAGCAGCAGAGCCAUUUAGGUAGCGAUUCAAUUCGUCGUACCAGUCAGACACAAAAUGUGGAUAAUAGAGAAAAAUAGCAAGAGGGAUAUUGGUAUUGAGUAUUCUAAAGGAAUUUCAAAGCCUAUGAACCAACGGUUAGAGAAUCAACCUGCCAAUGUUGAUAAUUAUGAAGACCAUAAUCCAAUGUAUAAUAAUGAGUACUCUUAUCAGCACCCUCAGUAUGACAAAAUCGAAGAGCUGGAGGAAAAUGAUGAUCACUUUUCGAGUGAAAUUGAUAAACUGAAACAGAUGUUUGAUAGAAAUAACUAA